AUGGGGCGUUCAUAUUGGGUCGAACCCGUGCAGAAUGCGCAGAGCCGCGAAACUGACCGCGUCCAUGCGGCCAUUGGCGCGAUCCUCAUCCCGGUAGCGCUGCAUCAACUUAUGACUGAUCUGCGCCGCGCGUUUGCCCGGUCAGCUUAUCCCGCGUGUCCCGUCGCGCGUCUGGCGGGCAGCCAUGGUGUAAGGGUGUCAGUACCCGACCGCGAACGCCGGAACGUCGCUCCACCUCGGGGCACUGGCGCGGCGGAUAGGUCACGCGUUGGCGAGGCUUCUCCGGGGAGGCGUAACACGUCCAUCAGGCGGCCUCCCGAUCGCGCUGGGCGGUGUGGCGGACGCCGGGCGGCCGCGAUCCAGAUAUGUGGCAUCGAUCCGGCGAUGACCGGCUCGAAAUGCCAUGCGAGCGCGACCGCGCAGGCAGCCCAUGUCCUGAUCGGGGCCGGUCGCGGCGGCCCCCAGCCACGGCGCGUAUGUCGAUCAGGAUUUCCGACCAGUUGGCACCAUAGACGCGCGGCCAGUCAAUCGGCUCCAGUGACUUCGACCGGCGCUCCGCGUCGCGCCAUAUGGCGACGAUCGCGCCCAUGA